UCCCCACAUCCCUUCUCCUUUCUCUGCUCGACCAUAUUCCUGCACUUCUCUCAACAAUCUCCCCUCAAAAUGGCCCUCGCCAGCGGCGCCUCUCUCCUCCCCCAUGCCCAAUCUCUCUCCUCCUCCUCUGCCACCGCCGCCCAACACUGCCUCCCCUCCCUCCUCCGCUCCCCACGGUGGAGGCCCUCCCACCGCCCCAUCUCCGCCGUCCACGCUGCGGAGCCCGCGAAGAACCCCGUCAAGGCCAAGGAGUCACCUUUGGUGGCGACGAGGCCCGGGAAGUGGGCGGUCGACAGCUGGACGUCCAAGACGGCGCUCCAGCUGCCGGAGUACCCCGACAAGGAGGAGCUGGAGUCGGUGCUGCAGACCAUCGAGAGCUUCCCGCCCAUCGUCUUCGCCGGCGAGGCCCGCCACCUCGAGGAGCGCCUCGCUGACGCUGCCGUCGGCAAGGCUUUUCUGCUCCAAGGCGGCGACUGCGCUGAGAGCUUCAAGGAGUUCAACGCUAACAACAUCCGGGACACCUUCCGCGUCCUCCUGCAGAUGGGCGCCGUCCUCAUGUUCGGCGGCCAGAUGCCGGUCAUCAGGGUGGGAAGAAUGGCGGGGCAAUUCGCGAAGCCGAGGUCGGAGUCUUUCGAGGAGAAGAACGGCGUGAAGCUGCCAAGUUACAGAGGGGAUAACAUCAAUGGCGAUGCUUUUGAGGAGAAGUCGAGGAUGCCGGAUCCCCAGAGGAUGAUACGGGCGUAUUGCCAGUCGGCGGCCACGCUCAACCUCCUCCGGGCGUUCGCCACCGGUGGCUACGCCGCCAUGCAGCGCGUCACGCAGUGGAACCUCGACUUCACCGAGCACAGCGAGCAGGGCGACAGGUACAAGGAGUUGGCCCACCGGGUGGACGAGGCCCUGGGAUUCAUGGUUGCCGCCGGCCUCACAGUGGACCACCCUAUCAUGACCACCACCGACUUCUGGACCUCACACGAGUGCCUCCUCCUCCCCUACGAGCAGGCCCUCACCCGUGAGGAUUCCACCUCUGGCCUUUACUAUGACUGCUCGGCUCACUUCCUCUGGGUUGGCGAGCGUACCCGCCAACUCGACGGUGCUCAUGUUGAGUUCCUCCGUGGUGUGGCCAAUCCUCUUGGCAUCAAGGUGAGCGACAAGAUGGACCCGGCGGAGCUUGUGAAUCUGAUCGAAAUCCUUAACCCCCAGAACAAACCUGGCAGGAUCACUGUGAUUUUAAGGAUGGGGGCGGCCAACAUGCGGGUGAAACUCCCCCAUCUGAUCCGAGCAGUCCGAAGAGCUGGGCAGAUUGUAACUUGGGUCAGCGAUCCGAUGCACGGGAACACCAUCAAGGCCCCUUGUGGUCUCAAGACUCGCCCCUUCGACUCAAUUCUGGCUGAAGUGCGGGCAUUCUUCGAUGUCCAUGAGCAAGAAGGGAGCCACCCAGGAGGUGUGCACUUGGAGAUGACCGGGCAGAAUGUGACCGAGUGCAUCGGUGGGUCACGGACUGUCACCUUCGACGACCUGGGUUCCCGCUACCACACCCAUUGCGACCCACGGCUCAAUGCCUCACAGUCUCUUGAACUGGCCUUCAUCAUUGCUGAGCGACUAAGAAAGAGGAGAAUCGCUUCAAGACCCCUCAAACUGCAGAAUCAGCCUAGCACUUUACCUUCCCUAGGUCUCUGAAGCAGAGGAGAAUUCUGUAAAAACUUGUUGGAAGAUCUAGAAUUGUUCUUUCUGUUGCUAAAUUAUUAGAUUUGGGCUUCUAAAUGGUGUGCUUGGGUGUGAUUUUAGUUUCUCUUGAGAUGUUGUGCUUCUGUGCACCCCUAAGACAUUUAAUUUUGGUUUCUUGAUAUAUGAGAAUAAGAGAGAAAAUAAUGAUAUCAUAUUUUGAUUGUA